CGGCUACUGCUCCGGACAAAAUUCGAACACGAACGUGUCAUUUGACUGGCGGUGGGCACCGGCUUUGUUACUCCGAAUUAGGGGUCCAUUUAUGGUAUCGUGUCAGCGUUCUUCAUUGUAGUGUGUAGUUUGUGGGCCGUGACAGAAGCUUUAGGCUACCCCAACGCAAGAGAGGCUUACUUUAAAAGCCUCUCUUGCGUUUUCUUUUGGCCGGUAGUGCCGUAAUUGGAAGUAGUGUCUUGGCUUGGCCGUCUUUGCUAUGUUUGUGCGGAGUUGGCGAACUCGAACGAGUCCAGCCAUGCAGAAGACUAUUCUCAAUCUCCUAGCAGCCCUGUUGGCCUUAGCGGUGUCCAGUAGCACAGCUCUCAAAGAGGGAGAUUGUGAAGUCUGUGUCGGCGUAAUCGACAAGCUCAGUAACCUUUUGGAGCCCGAAGAGAAGACUAACAUGGACGCAAUUGAAGCGAAGUUUCGUGACUUUUGCGAAAAUACAGCCAAAAAACAGGAUCAUCGCUUCUGUUACUACGUUGGCGGACUUGAAGAAUCGGCAACAAAAAUAGUUGGCGAACUCUCGAAACCGAUGAGCUGGGGAAUGCCUCCGUUAAAGAUCUGUGAAAAGCUGAUGAAAAAGGACGCCCAAAUUUGCGAUCUUCGAUACGAGAAAACGAUUGACUUGAAAACUGUGGACAUCAAGAAGCUGAAGAUCCGUGAUCUAAGGAAGAUUCUGUCGGAUUUCGAUGAUCCGUGCGAUGGCUGCGUCGAAAAGUCUGAGUUUGUCAAGAAGGUUGAAUCCAUUCGCGAUCUUCAGGCUAAGCAGGAGCUCUAAGUUCCCACCCCAUUAGCUACCCAAGCCCACAAGCAAUGCAAUAGGCACUGAAAAUCAUAGUAAAUGAACUGAAACAGUAGUUAAACCGCGGGGGCGAGUUGUCUCGCGGCUUUUCAAGUUGUUCAAGUUGAUUACAGCCUGGUUACAGUAAAUGUUUUCCCGAUAUACGCAUCUACCCCGUUAUGCUCAAUGAUUUGGAAAAGCUUCCACAUGAAAGUACAUUGGCCGGGACCAUCUUUAGAACAACCUAGAUCUACAAAUAGAAAAACGUUAUUGUAUUAUAUAUGCGUUAGAAAAAGGGUUUGGGGACACUAUGAGGAUAAAUAAGGAUACAUAUACUAUCUUCGGGUUGCAUUUUUGAGAGUGAGCUACGCUGCGUGAAAGAACAGAGCUUUCACUCUGUUAAAACUUUAGGAUCUAAUCCAAGCGAAAAAAAAACCAACGGGGAAACAUUGGAUUGAGGAUGCGUACAAUAAGGCAGAUAUAGCGUGACAAUGAGAUCGUAUAGGUGUACGAAGAAACGAAAGGGAGUCGUUAAUGUAUAUUGAAAUUUGCCCGCGCGACCCGCUGUGUAAAGGCACUUUUUUAGUUUUUUAGGAAUGUCGAUGAUUGCCCUCAUGGCGACGCUUGCAUGGGUUAGAUGUAUAUUUAUUCUAAUUAUAUAUAAAUGAUAAUAAACAAAAAAAAAGCAAGCAAAGUGGUGAUAAGUACAUGCAAAAAUGGUGGCGAAUUCUAAGAAAAGAUAGGAGGACAAAAAAACGAAAAAUAAAAUGUAAGAAAAUAACGAAAAUAGUGAAAAAUAAUAAAAACGAGUACGUUCCGAUGGUAUUGUUA